UCCUCUUAUUUAUAGUUCGGAGUUAAAAACGUGAAAAGAAGGUUGAGGGAGGGAGGGCGAGACAAAGGGGUCUUCUUUUUUUCUUCGCUCUUUCUAUUAGUGCCCAGCGUCUACGUGAGAUACUGAGAAAGAGGAGAGUUAAAAAUGGGGAAGCAGGAAGGUACCUUGUGGGACGAUUCAGCUCUGAUCUAUGCUUUUGACGACGCCAUGUCCAGCUACAAGAAAAUGCAUGGCAAGAAAACGAAUGAGGCUUCAACUAAGGAAGAAAAAGUUGCCAUCAACACAGCAGAACAAGUCAUUACUGCGGUUGAAGAAAGUGAGGAGGCUAAAAGACGAGGGGAUGCAGAUGACCAUAGUAAUGACACAUUGAAGACUACUGCAGAAGCUGGAGAGACCAGUAAUCUUUCAGAAGUGAAAGAAAACCAUCCUGUAGAUUCGCAUGUACCUGAGCCCUACUCACAAGUUGCUCAGGAUGUGCAAACUGACUAUUCAUAUUCACAAGGUGCAGCAGAUUAUAACCAGUUACUCAACCAGUAUUAUGAGGUUGAGGAGAAAAGACAGAAGCUACUAGAGCAGCUUCAUCAGUUUGGUGGUUGGAAUUAUCAAUAUUCUGGUGAAGUUUCUGGUUCCAUUGUACAGGGGGAUACUGCUUAUAGUUCUCAGCAGCAAGCAGUCCCUACAUGCCAACCUUCUAAUCCAGCUGUUGUCUGCUCAUGUUGCCCGUAUCUUUGUCAAUGCUUGAUGGCUCCGUGCACUUCAUUUCCUGCUAGUUUACCAGGUGGGUCAUGUGCUGGUAGAACUUGUACCAAUGCUUGUUUAGCAACAAGCCCUGGGCAAUCAUUUUCUCUUGAAGAUGAUCAAAUUGUCAAGACAGCAAUGGGGACUGCAGAAAGAGCAUUAUCAUCAAUGAAAAUGAAAAUUUCUGGUGAUUCUAAUAUAAGUGAAGAUAAAAAGGAUGAGAAGCGUGAAGGGGAAAUGGCUGAAAGUACUAGCUCCGAGACAGAUCUUACUGUUGUAUUAAAUGCAUGGUAUUCUGCAGGUUUCUUUACUGGCAAGUAUCUUGUGGAGCAAUCCGUUGCAAAGAAGCGACAUACUUAGGCAUGACACAUCAGGGAGAGGCAAAAUUGUUCUGUUUUCUACUGGAUCUAUAGUUGAAUUAGAAGUAUGUGGUACUGUAAUCAGAGUCAAAAUAGUUCUGUGAAAAAGUAUGUUCUCUGUACGACAUUUUUUAAUCUGGAAUCGUUGAUCUUUUUUUUUUUGUCAAAAUUAAUUGUUGAUCAGUUUGACCAAAAGCUGUAUGAACAUGGCAUUUGGAGCUUGAAGUUUGUCCUAUAAGUGGUUAAAUUCCCCCAAG